AUGACACUUUUGGCCUCUGACAAAAGAGAAAUGAUAGAGGAACAUGGAAGCAUGAGAAUGUUUGUGGAAUACAUUCAUCUCUUCAAUUACUCGUCCUUAGCUUUUAAAUUCCAUACCAUUGUCAAUGAAGAGUGCACAGAGCUGUAUUUAGUAUGUGACAAAACAGAAGAGGUUGGUGUAUAUGAUGUCAAAUAUAACGGAUAUAAUAGAUUUACAAUACUUGAUACAGACCAUGAUGAUUAUAUUAUAAUUCAUCUCAGAAAUAUCAAGAAUGGGGAAACAUUCCAAAGGAUGAAGCUCUACGGUAGAAAACCAAAGUUGAGUUCAAACAUCAAGAAAAAGUUUGGGGAUCUAUGCAAGAAGCAGGGAAUUUUUAAGGAAAAUAUAUUAGACCUAACUGAGGCUGAUCACUGUCUCCAGGCCCAAGUUGGAAGAAUGACCUGA